AUUUAACUCACUUAAAGAAAUUUUCGAUAGAACUCAAGCCUUACGAUGGCUUCCAGCUCUCAUGGGAACUUUGAUUCUUUUUACAAGGAGUUGAAGCAGGUUGAGGCCCAAGAUUCAACUCUGACCUCCGUACAACAGAUUGAUCGAUUACUAAAGCCAGGAUACACUUACAGAAAUCUGAAUCCGUUUGAGGUUCUCCAGGUGGAUCCAGACCUAGGGAUUGAUGAGAUAAAGAAAAAGUUCAGGAGAUUGUCAAUUCUUGUCCAUCCUGAUAAAAACCCCAAUGAUCUGGAGAGAGCUCAGACUGCUUUUGAUGCUGUAAAGCGUGCAUGGAGUACCCUGGAGGACAAGGAUACCAGGAAGGGAGCUCUGGAGGUCGUUGAGGAGGCCAAGGGUAGAACAGUGAUGAAUAUGGAAGAGAAGAGGAGAAGACUGAAGCGUGAAAAUAAACCCUGUGUAGUCGACGAGGAUGAUCCGAUCAAGUUCAAGAUUGCCGUCAAUAUCCUCACCAUGAAACUAUUCGCAGAUCUGGAGAGAAAGAGACAAAUGAGUGAGGACAAGAUAAGUACGGACGCAAAGAAGAAACGAGAAAAGGAGAUUGAAGAAGAAGAGAAAAAGGAAAAAAUAAAGGAGUUUGAAAAGAACUGGGAGGAAUCGAGACAGGGAAGAGUUGACUCAUGGAUGACCUUUACAAAAGCAGCACGCCAGGCAGCACGGGACGAAGAGGAGACUGGGAAAAUUAAGAAAAAGAAAGAAAAAAAGGAUAAAAAGUUUUCUCCUAUUGGAUUCCGACCUCCCAAACCUAAACCUGAAUCCAGAUAAAGCUUCGCAACCUGAAUCCAAUAAACCUGUAUAUAGUUGUUAAUCCUUGAUGUAGAUAAAUACUCUAGUGAACUUGUACAUUUUAUCUAGUUUACUGCUAGAUUUGAUCUAGUAUACUGCUAGAUUUGAUCUUGUUUACUGCUAGAUUUGAUCUAGUUUAGUGCUAGAUUUGAUCUUGUGUUCUUCUAGAUUUGAUCUAGUGUACUGCUAGAUUUGAUCUAGUUUACUGCUAGAUUUGAUCUAGUUUACUGCUAGAUUUGAUCUAGUUGACUGCUAGAUUUGAUCUUGUGUUCUUCUAGAUUUGAUCUAGUUUACUGCUAGAUUUGAUCUAGUAUACUGCUAGAUUUUAUCUAGUAUACUGCUAGAUUUGAUCUAGUAUACUGCUAGAUUUGAUCUAAUUUACUGCUAGAUUUGAUCUAGUAUACUGCUAGAUUUGAUCUAGUUUACUGCUAGAUUUGAUCUAGUAUACUGCUAGAUUUUAUCUAGUAUACUGCUAGAUUUUAUCUAGUAUACUGCUAGAUUUGAUCUUGUAUUAUGCUAGAUUUGAUCUAGUAUACUUCUACAUACGAUCUAGUGUACUUCUAGAGUAUUCUUGUAAAAGUGAAUUAAAUAAUGUUUCGUAAGUUUAAAUUUAGUUUUCAGA